CAGGCCAUUGGCCAGGGCCCGGCCUCCCUCGCCAGGGUCACAAUUUCGCACGCAGGGGUCAGAGCCCCCCUCACCUGGGGUCAGAGUCCCCUCCCGAGGGAGGAGGGCCACCAGCCACAGGCAUGGGACGCAGUUUGACAAGCGGUAGAGCCAUGGGCCUCUGGACUCGGAGGCGCCCUCCCUCGGCCGGGGCCCUAGUCUCCCGCCCAGGAAGCCCUCGUCCCUCCUCCAAGGCCGGCGGCCCCUCCUCCAGCUCCACGCAGCGGGUCCCGGGAUCCCCAGUGUCAAUCGUGGAGUCCGGGGGGGCCAGGCCAGACGGCUCGGUGGCCGAGGGGCCCGCACCCGCCGCGUCGCCUUCGGGGGCGGACUCGGAUGACUCGCAGCCCCCGUCCGUGUCGCCCUCCUGGCUCUCCUCGCGGCCGCCGACCGCGAGUCCGGCGGUGGACGCGUCGCUGCUGCGCCAGGCCGCGCGGGGCGGGAUGGCGGCCGGCACGUUGCUAGAGGCCGGCCUGGCCCGGGUGCUCUUCUACCCGACGCUGCUGUACACGCUGUUCCGCGGGAGGGUGCCGGGCCCGGCGCACCGCGACUGGUACCACCGCAUCGACCGCACCGUGCUGCUGGGCGCGCUGCCGCUGCGGAGCAUGACGCGCCGGCUGGUAGAGGACGAGAACGUGCGCGGGGUGAUCACCAUGAACGAGGAGUAUGAAACCAGAUUCCUGUGCAACUCCGCAAAGGAGUGGAGGAAAAUAGGAGUUGAGCAGCUGCGACUCAGCACAAUAGACAUGACUGGAAUCCCAACCUUGGCUAACCUCCAGAAAGGAGUUCAGUUUGCUCUCAAGUACCAUUCGCUGGGCCAGAGCGUCUACGUGCAUUGUAAGGCUGGGCGUUCCAGAAGUGCUACUAUGGUGGCAGCGUAUCUGAUUCAGGUGUACAACUGGAGCCCAGAGGAGGCUGUAGGAGCCAUCACGAAGAUCCGGUCACACAUCUACAUCAGACCUGGCCAGUUGGAAAUUCUCAAAGAGUUCCACAAGGAGGUUACUGCAGGGGCAGCAAAGAAUGCGACGUCACACAUCACAGAGAUGAAGUAUGUGGAUCAGAAAGAACUCAAGACAAGCCUGCUAGCAAUAGAAUGAAAAUGUUUAACAGGACCAAUGGAGCUUAAGCCAGAUGACAUAACAGAAGUGUGUUAAGUAAUGAAUAAUUUUGCUCCCUU